GACGUGGGCACGCAACGUCUCUGGAGGGAAAGCGGAGCAGAAGAGCGAAACAUGGCGACAUCGAAUAAUCCGCGGAAAUUUAGCGAGAAAAUCGCUUUGCAUAAUCAGAAACAGGCAGAAGAGACAGCAGCAUUCGAGGAAGUGAUGAAAGAUUUGAGUAUUACCCGAGCAGCGAGGUUACAGAAGACCCAGUAUUUACAGUUGGGACAAAACCGUGGGCAGUAUUAUGGCGGAUCAUUGCCAAAUGUCAAUCAGAUUGGAAAUGGCACCAUUGACAUGCCUUUUCAGACUCCCUUUCAAGGUUCAGGUGACACCAGCAGGACAACACGGCAUCAUGGAUUGGUUGACAGAGUUUACCGGGACAGAAACCGCAUCACAUCUCCACACGGAAGGCCCCUCGACAAACAUGGACGCCAAAUUGAUAGCUGUCCGUAUGGCUCGGUGUAUCUGUCACCCCCACCCGACACCAGCUGGAGGAGGACAAACUCGGACUCUGCAUUGCAUCAGAGCACUUUGAACCCGCAGGAUAUUUUUGCAGGAGGCUCACAGGACUUGCAGCUUAAACGAGUGCUUCUGCUUCAUGUACCAGGGCCAGAAGACACAGAAUCAGAUAUGGACAAAGACGAACAAAAACAGAACUGGGAUGGCAAAAAGAAUGUCUCAUCAAGGUCCAAGGUUCCAGGAAUCAACAUAUUCCCGUCUCCAGAUCAGGAGCUGACCGUGUCACUGAUGCCUUCAGCCCAAAACACGGGCGGCGGCUCCCUGCCUGAUCUGACCAACAUCCAGUUCCCCCCUCCGCUGCCCACCCCCCUGGACCCCGAGGACUCUACCCUCAGCGCCUACAAUAGCACGGGAAACCUGGCCACCAGCCACUCAUACAGCUUCAGUUCCACCAGCCAAGCAGGACAGACCACAGCCCAGCAGGGCAGGCAGGACAACAACAUGGUCAACCAGGACUCCCACCAGCACCAGUCCCUACAGCUCUCCCCCACCCUGUCGCCACCCCUCACCCUCGCCCAGGUAGCGGAGACCAUAGACGCCAUGACACUGGAGGCACAGUUGUCCCAGUACACGUUCUUUAGCCAGCCCUCUUCUCAACAACAACAGCAGCAGCAGACCACUCAAGGACUGACCAGGCUGGUCCAGCUCCCCUCCCCUCUGAACACCUCUUCCAGCCAGACACAGAACUCCAUGGAUAUGAACUCGCACCACUCCAUAUUGGGUAGUGUAUUUGCUGACUUCUAUGACCAGCAACUCACAUCCAGACAGACCAGUGCUCUCUCCCAACAGCUGGAGCAGUUCAACAUGACAGACAACAGCAGUCUGUACGGCCAGGGCUCCACCCUCAACUACUCCCAAGCAGCCAUGAUAGGUUUGAUGGGUAGCCACGGCAACCUGCAAGACUCCCAGCAGUCAGGCUACAGUAGCCAUGGCAACAUCCCCAACAUCAUUCUCACAGCCACCGGAGAGUCACCACCCAGACUGUCGAAGGGGUUGUCUUACAGCUCUCUGUCGGCUGACAUCAGCUUCGACGCGGACUCUCAGUUUCCCUUGGACGAGCUGAAGAUCGACCCUCUGACCCUGGAUGGGCUGUACAUGCUCAACGAUCCUGACAUGGUCCUCACUGACCCCGCCACGGAAGACGCCUUUCGGAUGGACCGGCUUUAGAGCCGCUGCCAAGUUGACUGACUGUCUCGGAGGAACCCGGCCUGAGGGGAGAGGGAUAUUUUGGGAGUGUGGUAGCUCGUGACUAGGCCCCAGCUGUGCAGUGUAUUCAUCCCACACUCCCACCUCCCUUCACCAGCCACCCCUUUCUAAGAGCCAUGGUAAGAUGAGCUAGUAGGGAAAUGGUCGACAGAGUAUGCUUUCUCCCUUCCUGAUGGAAAAGAUGGAAGGGCGACAUUGUCAGGGUUUGGUGGAUAUUGCGCUUAAGGUUCUGCCUGUGACCAGUCUGUGCUAACCACAUACAUCCCUUAACUUGUUUAUUUAUUUAUUUUAUUAUAUGCCUCCUGCCAGCCUUUCUGUUGGAUGCUUUGGUUUUUGUAAAGGAAAACAAAAUAGGAUACAAACUACAUUGGUCUUGACUUCCAUUUGAAGACAUUCAAUUGAUUUAAAAUCAUGUCUGCAGUGGAAACUGCUUAUCUUUCUCUCACCUGCCAUACUAGAUUAGCAUGUCUCAUUAUCAACCAUCUGCUUUUUCACUACCGCCCCUCUAUUGGCUAAUCUUGCCAGUCUCACAUUUUCAUCAGUGCACUUAACCGCGCUGUCAUUAAUUCACACUAUACAGUGCCUUCAGAAAGUAUUCACACCCCUUGACUUUUUCCACAUUUUGUUCUGUUGCGAGGUGGGAUUAAAAUGUCCUUUUUUGUCAAUGAUCUACACCAAAUGCUCUAAUGUCAAAGUGGAAGAAAAAUUCUAACAUUUAAAAAAAAAACUUUAUGGAAAAUUAAACACUAUCUUGAUUAGAUAAAUAUUCAAUCCCUUGAGUCAAUACAGGUAAGAAUCACCUUUGGCAGCGAUUACAGCUGUGAGUUUUUCUGGGUAAGUCUAUGAGAUUUGCACACCUGGAUUGUACAAUAUUUGCCCAUUAUUCUUGAAAAGAUUAUUCAUAUUCUGUCAAGUUGGGUGUUGAUCAUUGUUAUACAGCCAUUUUCAUGUCUUGCCGUAGAUUUUCAAGCCAAUUUCAAGUAAAAACUAUAACUAAGCCAUUCUAUGUCAUCACUGUAAGCAACUCCAGUGUAUAUGGCCUUGUGUUUUAGGUUAUUGUCCUGCUGAAAGCUGAAUUUGUCUGCAAGUGUCUGUUGGAAAGCAGACUGAACCAAGUUUUCAUCAAGGAUUUUGCCUGUGCUUAGCUCUAUUACAUUUUUUAUUUUUUUUAAAGCUCCCUAGUCCUUGCUUAUUAUAAACAUACCCAUAACAUGAUGCAACCACCACCAUGCUUGAGUGGUACACAGUGAUGUGUUGUGUUGGAUUUGCCCCAAACAUAACGCUUUGUAUUUAGGACUAAAAGUUCAUUGUUUACAGUAUUACUAUAGUUUCUUAUUGGAAACAGGAUGCAUGUUUUGGAAUAUUUUUAUUCUGUACAGGCUUCCUUCUUUUCACUAUGUCAUUUAGGUUAGUAUUGUGGAGCAACUACAAUGUUGUUUUCUCCUAUCACAGCCAUUAAACUCUGUAACUGUUUUAAAGUCACCAUUGGCCUCAUGGUGAAAUCUGAGCGGUUUCCUUCCUCUCUGGCAACUGAGUUAGGAAGGACGCCUGUAUCUUUUUAGUGACUGGGACUAUUGACACACCAUCCAAAGUGUAAAUAAUAACUACACCAUACUCAAAGGGAUAUUCAAUGGCUCCUUUUCUUUUUUUUAACCAUCUACCAAUAGGUGCCCUUAUUUGGGAACCAUUGGAAAAACUCCCUUGUCUUUGUGGUUGAAUCUGUGCAUGAAAUUCAGUGCUUGACAGAGGGACCUUACAGAUAAACUACAGUGGCUUGUGAAAGUAUUCACCCCCCACCCCCCCUGGCAUUUUUCCUAUUUUGUUGCCUUAAAACCUGUAAUUAAAAUUGAUUUUGGUGGUG